AUGUCAUCAAAAAUCAAGCAGCCGACUCUCCUCUCAAAGGUGCAUCCCAAAGUAUUAUACAAUACCCAAGAACUCAAUGCUCGUGUGGUCAAGGUCCAAAGUCCUUUCGAGUACAUGAAUUACAUCAAGCGUAGAUAGGAGUAUCUGAACAAGCAGAGGGAGCUCCUUAAUAAUCUUCAAUUGAGUAAGGAAAAUUAUGAGAAAUUGACAUUCUCCGUAAAACAAAUCGGAGUAGUCAACGAUGAUGGAAGAUUUGGAACUUACAGUCAGCGUAGAUAUUUGCUUAAAUCUAUGGAAUCGACAAGAUAACAAAAAUCUGAAUCAAUACAGUGCCCUCAAACAGAAAGAGCAUAAUAUUAAUUCAGAGCCAAAGCUUUGCCAAGCAGUCGCAAAGAAAAAUUUAGAUUUUCUCCUCAAUCCACUGCUAAGUUCUUCCUGUUGCCUGAAAGAUAAGAAACCAAUUUCGAAGUUAAAAAUAGCCCCGUCGACAAAAUACUCAAAAGAUCAAGACAAAAGAAACGAAUUCCAUAGAGUCAACCUCUACCCCCCGAAGUCAUAUUUCCUAAAAGCUAACUAAAUCCAAAAUAUUCCUCAUAUAGUAGAGAGCUCCAGGAACUUACAACGACGGUGGAAUUUAAUAAACUGCCUUGA